AUGAGUCGAUUCAACAAAGCGGCACUUGAAAUCCGAGACUUGAACCCCGCUAUGGCCCUCCACCACCUCACCACCGCCCUAAAAUCAGGACCUUUUACCAACAGCAUUUGCAAGAAACCACCGACUGAUAUGGAUGAUUUGCGCCGACGUGUCGACAAGUACAUGCAAAUGGAUGAACUCGCCGAGUUUCGUAACCAGGCCAGGACAGAAGCAACAAUCAAGGCCGAAAAGCCAGUCAAAGGCUCAUACCGCAAUCGCCCAAAAGACCUCAUCCCCCGAGAAAAACCCUCUCGUGGUCCGAGGUACUCACACUACACACCAUUAAACACUAGCCGAGCGACCAUCCUAGAGCAAGCACUCGCGUUAGAAGUUUUGGCAGUCCCAAAGCGAGCCUCGACCCCUCCGCGCGCCGACACAACCAAAUCAUGUAAGUUCCAUCGUAAUCGGGGUCACUCGACUGAGGAAUGUUUAGCCCUAAAAGAUAAGAUCGAGGAUUUGAUCAAACAAGGGCAGCUCCAGCGAUUCGUCGAUCGGCCUUCCUCGCCCCGCUACAGCGAUCCUCAGCGCCGCCACGAUCGGCCAGAGGGAGAAAGGUCCGAGAGGCAUCCUUAUAGGGAACGCAAACGAUCCAGGGGCCGAAAGGAAGAAGAACAAACAACCCAGCCCCGAAGGGUCAUAAACACCAUUGCUGGCGGAUUCGCAGGCGGAGGUUCCACCUCCUCUGCUCAAAAGAAACAUUUUCGAGCUGUUCGAACCGUGCACAAUGUUGACAAGGUCCAACGAAGAUUACCAACCAUUACCUUUACUGAAGCUGACUUUAAAGGUAUCGACCCAGACCAGGAUGAUCCAAUGGUAAUCAGCGUCAAAAUUCACAACUGCAUCGUCCGAAAGAUGCUAGUGGACCAAGGAGGCUCGGUCGACAUUCUUUACUGGAACACUUUUAAACAGCUUGGCAUUCCCAAUGCCGAAUUGGUGCCAUACAACGAACCAUUGGUUGGUGUCGUAACCGGGAUCACGACGGGAUGA